CCCCUCGAGUCGAGACGAAAUUCGAAUGUCACUUGGAAUUGAGAACCGUCAGUGACGGGGAAUAAAUUAACUCUUUGCGCCAAAUGACACUGCGCCCGAAGACAGCUUCAAGACAAGCGGUUUCCAAAUGGUCGUCGUCGACAUCAAAGUUCCGUCAACGGCAAAUGGCACAAAACCCCUGACGGAAAAGGAAGAUCAAGCUCACGAGAAAUGGGCAAAUAAGGCGGAAUUUUUGCUCUCUUGCAUUGGCUUGUCUGUGGGAAUAGGAAAUGUUUGGCGAUUUCCGUAUCAAGCGUACCAGAACGGAGGAGGUGCUUUUCUUGUGGCAUACGUCGUUGUGCUGGCGCUAGUGGGCAAACCCCACUACUUCGCAGAGCUUGCCAUUGGCCAGUUUUCUGGACUCGGCCCAGUUCGAGUAUGGCGAUGCAUUCCAAUUGCAAAGGGCGUCGGUGUAGCAAUGGUUUUACUCUCUGUCAUGGUGUGUAUCUACUACAACGUCAUCAUGAGUUACACACUUUAUUACAUCGUGCAGUCUUUCCGGUCGGAAGUUCCGUGGCAAAAGUGUAACGAUUGGUGGGGAGCGGAUGAAAUGUGUUAUGUUCGGAAAGAAAACCAGACAAACUGUAGGGAUAUAAAGGAGCAAUUAGUGAAGUUUGGAACUGCGUUCAUCGAUGAAAGUGUUACCGGAGUAUCGGACAACUAUACUUAUUUUUCAUUCAAAGGAGCGGAUUACGCUGUGCAUUCGGAAAGAUUUGCUGAUGCUCUAAACACCUGCAGCAACGGGACGCAGACUGCUUCGGAACAGUUCUGGGAGCGGUAUGUUUUGGGACUAACCUCUGGUAUUGACGAUCUUGGCAGCCUAAAGUGGGACUUGACGCUAUCCCUAUUUGUGUGUUGGAUGAUUUGCUUCUUGGGUCUUAUGAAAGGCAUCAAGAGCUCUGGCAAGAUAGUUUAUUUCACUGCAACAUUUCCGUAUGUCAUCUUAGUGACCUUAGUUAUUUAUGGCUGCUCACUGAAUGGUGCUUCCUCCGGUUUGAAAUACUUCUUUAUUCCUGAGUGGGGGAAACUUCUGGACAUAAAGGUAUGGAAAGCCGCAGUGGAACAACUUUUGUUCUCUCUUAGUCUCGGUUGGGGUUCCCUCAUCGUGUAUGCUAGUUACAAUAAAUUCGAUAAUACGCUUCAGAGGGAUGCUUUGUUCGUCAGUUUGCUAGACUUCGCAACAAGUUUAUUGGCUGGAAUUGUGAUAUUUGCCGUCCUUGGAAAUUUGGCUCACGAAAUGAAUGUUGAUAUUAGUAAAGUGGCGAAACAAGGGCAAGGACUGGCAUUUGUUACCUAUCCCGAAGCGCUGGCUCGCUUACCCGUCCCUCAGCUGUGGUCCAUUUUGUUUUUCUUUAUGUUGUUCCUGUUAGCCAUUGAUAGUGAGUUUUCUUAUUUAGAAAAUGUUUUUACUGCCAUAUACGAUGAAUUUCCUCAUCUGAAGAGCAAAAGGGUGAUCAUCACAUUCUCGUGCUGCAUGUUGUUUUUUCUGCUGGGCCUGCCGAAUGUUACUCAGGGAGGACAGUACGUUUUGAACCUCAUGGAUCGAUAUGGUGGGGGAUACGCAGGGAUUUUUGUGGCAACAUUCGAGAUCAGCUUCAUCAUGUGGGGUUACGGGGCUGAAAGAUUUGCCGAUGACCUUGAAUUCAUGUUAGGUUUUCGUCCCGGACUAUAUUGGCGGCUUUGUUGGAAAUACAUCUCGCCAGUAGUAUUGUGGGUUGUCUUAAUUUACAGUUUCUUCACUCACGAAGUCAUAACAUACGGUAAUGUUCCUUACCCGAUGUGGGCCGAAUACGUAGGCUGGGCCCUCAUCAUGGUCUCUGUUUUACAAAUUCCUAUCUGGGCUGCUGUAGAGUUAUACAGGAGAAAAAGUUGGCGAGCUGCAUGUCAGCCCCAUCGAGACUGGGGACCAUCUAAUUCAGAAAUGCGAUUGUUGUACGAACAGAUAUAUUCUGCAAAACAUUCAGAUACAAAGUGUAAAGGAAUUGACAAUUUGGCUAUGGACAGAAUGAAUGGCGAUAUUAGCUAACGAAAUUUGUUUGCAACGAAGGAAGGGUUUUUCUUCAAGAUCAUUAACCAUUUCAUCGAAUGAGAAAGGAAAGAAAGCAUUGAAGAAAAGAAGACAUCAUUUUACAUACACUGAUAUUUUCUUUACUAAUAAUAAAGCUGAAA